AUGGAGUUUCUGGCGCGGGGGUGGGGGGAGUGUUUAAGAUAUCACAAGUGGCUAUACUCCCCAACUCCCCGAACUCCCCCAACUCCCCCCAUUUUCCAGUCCUUCCCAUCAACACGCCCUCGUUUCGUACAUCGGCUGGAUUCCUUGUUCGUUCGCCUCUCCCCUGGAUUUGGUCACCUUUGA